AUUACAAACACUCUCUAUAAAACGUAACUAAAAAGUCAAUAUUAGUAUCCGUAAGUUCAUAACCGAUCAAACAAACCAACAAAAUGUUAACCAAUUUGUAAUUGCCAAACACUCCCCAAAUAAUGAGAGGCCAAGCUCAAACCCUUGAAAUCUCUUUAUGAACCAUUGGCAUUGGCGCCAUAGACUAACUAGUGGCAGAUAAGCCUUUGUCAUCUUCAUCUUCUAUAAUCAAACUUUUUCCCUCACAAUUCACCUCUCCAAUCUAAUUAAUAAUCGAACAUAUAGUGAGAGAUCACACCCUUGUUUUGUCUCUCCAAUGGCUUCUUCUAUCAUUUACUCCCCAUCAACAACUCCAUCUUCCACCUCCAUUUAUUCCCACACAAAAUUGUCCAAACUUUGCAGCUUUAAUAAGAAUGUGAACAUCAUAAAACUCUCUUCUUUGUUUGGUAAAACCUUAACAAUAACAAAUGAGUUACACAUAAAGCUAAUGAGCAACAAGAAAAGUUCAAGUGUUGUUACAUGCUCUGUUUCACUUCCUGCUGCUCUUCUGUUUGAUUGUGAUGGUGUUCUUGUUGAUACUGAGAGAGAUGGUCAUAGGGUUUCCUUCAAUGACACAUUUACUGAAAGGGGAUUGGGUGUCUCUUGGGAUGUGGAUUUGUAUGGUGAAUUGCUCAAGAUUGGAGGUGGAAAAGAAAGGAUGACUGCCUACUUCAAUCAGACUGGCUGGCCAGAAAAGGCUCCUUCAGGUGAAGCAGAAAGAAAAGAAUUUGUUGCAUCUCUACACAAGCAAAAGACGGAGCUUUUUAUGGCGCUUAUUGAGAAGAAACUGCUGCCUCUUCGACCAGGUGUUGCAAAGCUGAUCGAUCAGGCUUUCGCCAAAGGCGUCAAAGUUGCUGUCUGCAGCACAUCUAACGAGAAAGCGGUCUCUGCAAUAGUUUCAUGCUUGUUGGGUCCUGAAAGAGCAGCGAAGAUCCAGAUUUUUGCUGGAGAUGUGGUCCCUAAGAAGAAGCCCGAUCCUGCCAUUUAUAUACUAGCAUCCACAACUCUUGGUGUUGACCCUGCAAGUUGUGUGGUGGUAGAGGACAGUGCCAUAGGUCUUGCAGCAGCCAAAGCAGCAGGAAUGAAGUGUAUAGUGACCAAAAGCGGGAAUCGAUAUUUGUGUUGUAGUUACACCGCAGAAGAAGAUUUUGAGAACGCGGAUGCAGUUUUUGAUUGCAUCGGAGACCCUCCAGAAGAAAGAUUUGACUUGGAUUUCUGUGCAAGCCUUGUUGCUAAGCAAUAUGCUAGCUAACAAUAUGAGAGUUGAUAAUUUUUCCAAGGUUUCGGUAUUGUAUAGCAGUUAAUGUCAUGAUCGUUUAUGGUUAACUUGCUUCAUUGUGUUUAUGUAACAAGCUGUGAACGAAAGGGUCGCCUCAUUUAUUUCCGUGAUGAAACCCUUUAAUUUGUUGGCUGUCUAAAACUUGUUUAUAGAUGCUCUACAUUCUUUUGGGGUCGGGUACUUAGUAGGCGCAUACCGGAAUCCAAUUUGAGAUAGAUUGUGGCGUGUGGGGUGUAUCAGAACCGAAGUGAUGGGAGCUCGAGUCUUAUUCUGGUAAUCGUGCUCUGAUGGACUGCAUUUUUACAUCCAAAGCUUAUAAAGCAAUAAGCUUGAACUGUUUUUGAGCCUUGUAUUAUCAAGCUGAUAUCAUUGAUGAGGUGAAAAGGGUGUGAAGACGAUUCCAGGGGCUCGGAGUGUGCCAGAAUUUGAUAUCAUUGUUGAGUGCAUUAAAAUUUAAUUGAUAUCAAAGUUCGGAUUA